CAGUCAGUGACCGGCCGCCGUGUGGAUUGUUGGCGUCGUUCGCGAGUUUUAGACGCGCGCGGAGGAAAAAAACUUAAAACACAAUUUCCUAAAUGAGACUGUAUCAGAGAACUACUUUUUUAAACAGUAUUGUGCCACUAAAAGUCUGAAGUGAUUGUUUUUAGUUCGGUCUGUUAGUUUUUUUGUAAAUUGCUGUGAUUUCGCGGUAUCGUGUUCUAUUGUUGAAAGCUACCGAUGUUGUUGUUUUAAGAGGAUGUUUUCGAUAUCGUCCAUGUUCCUAGGGAAUCGGUUUCUGGUUGGAUUUUGAUGGAAUUAUAAUCUCAGGCGGCCCCAUCGUCGUGUGGCAUGUUGCGGGGCCUCACCGCGCUGCUGGCGGUAGCCCUUUGCGCCGCCUCGCUGGACUCCGAGCUCGGUGUCGGCAAGGCCAUCAAUAUAUUUAUGAGAUAUGGCUACCUCAGCAUCUGCAUGCGAGUGGUCCCCCGCAACGACACAGAGGGCUGGGUGUUCCGAGAGCCCACCGUCAGCGUGUUCCGAGACGUGGAGCGUCUGUCUGUGGCGCCGAAACCGAGGCAGGCCAAGACCCUGUUCGACGGAGACUUCCAUAUGGAGUUCUGCGAUAACUUGAAGCAGUUGCUGCAGGCUUACUUUAGGGAUUUUAGUUUUGAGAGAUUAGAACGUCCAUGGCGCGCAUUCACAGCAGGCUGGCCGACGGACAUCAUGGCGAGGAACCUGGGUAUCAACUCCUCGUUCAUCACUGGCGACCACUGCUACGUACUCGUCAGGGUCUCCAGAUACCGUGAAACAGCGAAGCUAAGCGACCUGCCCACCAACAUACCGGUCGAGGAUGUGGUCUUCGACGCCAUCCAGGACUCCACCAUCGGCGACACGGUGUCCAUAGCGGACUUCAUCAGGAAAUAUGGCUCGCACUACAUAUCCAGCUACAUUACGGGGAACUCGCUGUAUCAGGUAUUCGUGUUCUCACGGAGCGUGUACUCCCGUAUCAAAGACCGUGUGAAGUCGAAGGGCGUCACUAACAUCCCGCCGGCGGAGAUUAACAACUUCUUCUCGCCAUUCUUCGCCGAACACAUCGGCACGGUCAAGGUGUUUGUGUUCUCUAGAACGGCAUACUCUAUGAUAAAAGAGAGACUUAAACUCAAAGGCGUGGCGGAUAUCACUGCGAAGGAGCUAGAAGGGUACUUUUCGCCUUGGCAUGCCAAGCAUAUUGGACAGAUCAAGGUGGCGAGCGGCAACAAAACAGUUGAAAACUGGGCCAUGAAGCGUCUCCGGGUGCACUACUACAUAUUCUCGUACCCCAGUCUGCUCAAACUUCACGGCGAGCCGAGUCUACUGCGCAACCUGGACUCGUUGCUAGGCAACGAGGCCCUGUUGCAGUUGGAACUGAAGACUCUGUCGCCGGCGUUCAAGGACGUCCGAAAGAAACGGUGGUUCGAGGAGGUUAUAGACAAUUAUUUGAAAUUGUGGGAGAGUAACAUGUGAUGAAGGAUAUUUUUAGGUUAUUGCAAAUUAUUGUUUGCAGUUAAAGUCGUUUAGUUUUGUUUGAAUAUUUUUUUAAAGCCAUUUAUUCCUACGCACACGUUAUUUGGAAUG